UUAUGUGAGAUAUAAAGAGUAAAUUAUACAUUACUCAUCAGGUAUACAUCUAUUUAUCUUGACCAGUUCAUUUAUGGGAUGUUCAUCGGAGCAGAUGUUAGAAAAAAAACUGAUUCUUUUUUUCUUGUGGGAUAGAAAAGAGAUGAGUUGUAUUAAAGACACAAUAUAAGAUGGGAAUCUGCAGUAAAUGAUGAGUCUAUGAAUCUGGAUCAUCGUCUCACUGUUCCCUCACAUGCACCGUACAUAGAGUGUAUGAUAAAUGAUUAUACAGUCUAAUAAUUUAUUCUACAGUCUACGGUGUGAGCUGACGUCAGUGCUGUCAGCAGCAGAUCUGAGCUCAGGUCAGGGACUAUACGGUCUGUGAUCUGAGCUGCGCAGCCGCUCUGCGCAUCCGUCAGCUGAUCCGAGGUGGACCACGCAGCCAUUUCUCUGCCCUGUCUGGAAAUAAAACCCACGGAGGAUGUGUCGUCUGUCCAUCCCAGCAAGGAGAAGCCGUGGGGGAGUCCUGCCUCUCGCUGCAUGACUUCCGGCUGGAGUCUGCAUCACCGAUCUCCAAACUUUCUCCCUCGAUCCAACGCCUGCGCAGACAGAAGCAGCUCUCCUCCGUUUGGGUUUUCUAGCUGCUGUGGAGCCAUGGAAGGGAAUCUGCAGGGAGGAGGCAGGAACGUGGUGGAGAUGCAUGUGAAGACGGAGGCGCUGGAGGAGAACCCAUCUGCGCUGGUGGUGGGCAGCCAGGAGCCGCCUGCGCCCUGCGGAGAUGCAGGAGGAGGAGGAGGAGGAGGAGGAGGAGGAGGGGAGCAGACUGCAGAGGAGCUGGCUGACACCACUACUACUCCCGUGAUCUUGUAUCCUGUGAGCACAGAUCGCUUCUUCACCACAUCAGGAGAUGGAAAAACUUACCUGAAGAUCGCUCCAGCUGCAGUCAUGCCUCCCGCCACCUCAGAGAAGACGCUUCCCUCUGGCUCUGAUUUCUCCUCCAAAGCCGUCUUGUGUCUGAUCGAGGCGGUGGGAAGGCGCUGGGGGUUGUACGAGACUCGGGAACGUUCUCAGCUCUUCCAGAGCGUCCAGGAGGAGAUGGCCUCCAAGGGCCACAUACUUCCUGUGGAGAAGAUCCGCCGCAAAUGGAACAACCUGAUCGUCACGUACAAGAGGGUUAAAGACCGCAGCCGGGAGACGGGACACGCCAAAACAUCCUGGGAGUUCUUCGAUCUGAUGGACGCCACGCUCUGUGACACUAUCGGCACUCAGAUCAUCAACAACAAAAGAAACAAAGGCAGUAACUCAGUUUCUACACUGCCGAGUCCUUUGACAAAGAUCGCUGCCAAACCAGCACAGCUUCCUCAGUCCACCACCAUCAUCCGGCCCAACGGGGACUUCUCUAUGGCCGGAGGGGAGUCGGUGGGUCUGGGGUCCGCUACCAUCAGCAGCACCACAGCCAGUACCUCAGUGAACGCAGCAACCAUUAGUCCAACAAACGCUCCAGAUCUAAAACCUCUGAUUGUCCUGAAUGGAGACAUGGUGACCACCAGUAUCCACCCAGCCUCCAUCGUUCCAGCUCCAUCCUUUAUCUCCUCACCUUGUUUUACAGAAUCAGCGUCUACGUCUCCUUCUCUAGGCUCAACCAGUAACGCAGACCUCAGCACAUCUGGCUACACGACCUGUAAAACUCCAUCCUUCUCCUCUGGCGUCAUCCCGUUUCGCCUUAGUACGACGCCGCUCACCCACAGUCAGAAUCUUCUGGGCCUCUCCUCUUCAUUUCCUCCUUCGUCCUCCUGCCUCUCUUCUUCUGUCACCACCUCGUUGUCUGCAGGAAGUGAAGGCCAGAGCCAGAAAGGAAACAAGGAGCAGAGCAGCGUGAUGUUGUUCCAAGAGAUCCUGAAGCAGCAGGAGGAGCAGGCCUACCUGGACAGAGUGGCUCGCCGGAGGGUUGAAGCCCGAGAGAAGAGGCGUGAGAGGAGGGAGGUACGAAUGUCGGAGUCUCUGGGACGGAUAGCCACGGCUCUGGAGCUGCUGUCCUCCAAACAGGACACUGUCAUCGCCCUCCUGCAGAGACUGGCUGACCGCAAGUGAAAAGGCUGGACAGCAGGGUUCUGGAGUUAGGUUAGCGUUUCUGUUUAACCGCCGAGUUAGUGAGGUUAUUUAGGAUGUUUUUACCUUGACGUGUUUCAACUGCGUCUUCCUCAGAAUCAGACAUGCAAUGACGUUUCUUUUUAUCUGGUGGCUGGUCUGACAGGUCUGUCUGAAUCUGAUAGGCGGGGUUAUUUUUAGGGUUAACUCUAGCCGCUGUCCGAUGAGCUCUGGAGGAGGAAGGCCAGAUGUUAGAGGUUAGACCAGGAGAGUCCAACUCAGUCCAGUCUGAUCUCCAGUGGACCGAACCAGUAAAACCACAGCAUAAUAACCUAUAAAUAACCACAACUCCUGAUGGUUCCUUUGUUUUAGUGCAAAAAUGUUCACAUUUAAGAAAUUAUCUUUUUACUAAACAUCAUGAACAACCUGAAAUUUAUUAAGAUAAAUGAAUUCAAUUUGAAAUCAAAAUGACAAAAAUUAGACAAAAAAAACAAAAAACAAUAGAAAAUAUUACAAAAAUGAGACACAAAACAAAGCAACAAAAAAUGGACAAAAACGAGACAAAAAAAUUACACAAAUGAUCUAAAUGAGACCAAAACUGACAAAAGUGAGAAAAAAAGACACAAUAAUAGACAAACAACACAAGUGAGACAAAAAAACACAAAACGACACACAUGAUACAGAAAACAACGAAUAAAGCAAAACACAAAGUGACAAAAAUAAGACAAAAAACACAAACGAGACAAAAAGAAAACAAAACGACAAAAACACGAGACAACAAAAGUCAGACAAAAAAAAGACACAAAACAUGACAAAAUAUGACAAAAACGAGACGACAAAAGAACAAUGAACAAUCUAGUAUUUUACUUUCUGAUCCAAACAACUUGUCAUGGUCUAGAAAUGAUUUUAAAUUUAUAGCUUUACUAAUUUACAAUCUGCAGUUAAUGUCUUCUCUGAAUUUUUACACUUUGAGGGCCGGACUGGACCCUCUGGAGGACCGCUUUUGGCCCACGGGCUGCAUGUUGAACAGCCCUGGUUUAGACCUCCUCGUCCAGGUUCAUGGAGUCCUUCACCCGCUGUCUGAUCUCUAUGGCCUCCUUGGACGCAGUCGAAGCAUGUCACGGUAAAAACAUCCCUAAUAAUCCUUACUAGUUUGUUCAUUAAAAAGAAACGCUGAUCUCGCUGAUGUACCAGACGACAAAAUGAACAGAAUUUAAGUUUCCCCCAUCCUGAGAUCAUGCUUGUGAAACCUGCCAUACUGUGAGCCGGGACAUAAUGCUUCUGAAAAGGGUUUUAUGUGACUAAAGAAAUGUAAAAUGUUGUGUUAUUGGUACAUGCUUUACAUUUUACUGUAUCCAAUAAAACGAUCCUAAGUACA